AUGUACGGGGGCGGCGGGCGGGGCCCAGGUGAGGAGCCUGCGCUGCCAGGUCGGUGGGGAAGGAAGAAGGAAGAGCAGAGGCAGGGCGGGCUCCAGGCCCUUAAAUCCCGGGCCUGGACUCCCCUUCUUCUCCUUGGCCCUCGCUCGGUAGGGGGCAGGCGGCCUGGUGACAGCGGCACCCGUCGCCUCAGGCCCCCAGCCUCCAGCUGGCUGCAUCCCCUUCCCACACACCGGGAAGCCCAUCGUCUUGAGCAGAAGGUGCUGCAGAAGGGGUGGCCCUCGGUUGGCUGUCCGCCCACUGAAGGGACACAAUGGCCCCGAACCCCUCCCCCAAUCCAGUGCGACUUGUCCGGUGGCUCCAGAACCCACUGUGACCUUGAGUUUGGCGUUGGCUCCGGUAUUCUCCAGACCUCACCUGGCCUCCUGCCAGGGUCCCAUAAGGCGGUCAGCUCUGGCCCGGACUGUGCAUAUGCCGCCCUGGGUCCAUCUUCCAGUACAGUGUUGGAUGGUCUGACUGUGAAGCUCCUAACACUGUCUGGUAAAGAUGGCCUCUGGGUCGGUGCCCUCGGCAGUGACCUCCAGGGAGCCCUGAAGACCAUGGAGGCUCCUGACCAACGACCUUUGACCUUUACCCCUCCGAUGGGGGUAAAUCCCUGGGGGAAGGGGAACAAUGGGUAGUAGACAAAAUGGCUGCCUCUGGAGCGACGGGAUUUGGGACAAACAUGCUCCCCAGACGCCCGCCUCUUCCCGCAUUAAGGACCUUGGGAAGGCCAGAGAAAUAAAAUGUGAGAGGGAACUUA